AUGGAUCCAUUUUUCGAUCAGACAAUGUCUCAAGUGUCGUCAAAUUCAACAAUAUUCGACGAAAGAGGAAAUGGAAGUUGCAUACCUCCGGCUAUGAACCCGGCGAUCAAUAUUGUCAUAUCUAUAAUAUACAUAAUAAUAUGCGUCGUGGGACUCUUAGGGAAUACAUUAGUCAUAUACGUAGUUUUAAGAUUUUCUAAAAUGCAAACGGUUACAAAUAUAUACAUAGUCAAUUUGGCGUUAGCCGAUGAAUGUUACUUAAUAGGAAUUCCAUUUCUCGUAGCCACGUCAAUAUUAAAAUCAUGGAAAUUUGGCGGUUACAUGUGUAGAUUGUACAUGACGACGAUAGGAAUAAAUCAAUUCACGAGCAGCACGUUCAUAACGAUAAUGAGCGCGGAUCGUUACAUAGCAAUAUGUCACCCUAUAUCGUCACCGAAAUUGAGAACUCCCUUUAUAAGUAAAAUCGUUGCCGGAGCGGCUUGGGUCAUAAGUGUCAUUAUGAUACUUCCGAUAAUAUUAUACUCGGACGCGGUCAAAGAUGGUCCGACGGAUUCGAAUUACUACAGUUGCAAUAUAAUAUGGCCUACGAAUAAUUCGUCCGAUGUCCAAGGCACAAAACAAUUAAAUACAUUUACGAUAUAUACAUUUGUUUUAACUUUUGCCAUACCUUUGACAUUGAUAUUUAUAUGUUACGUUUUAGUCGUUAGAAAACUUCAAACGGUCGGCCCGAAAAAUAAAAGCAAAGAAAAAAAAAGAUCCCAUAGAAAAGUAACAAAGUUGAUACUGACCGUUAUCACAGUAUACGUAUUUUGUUGGUUGCCAUAUUGGAUAGCUCAAAUCGUGUUAAUAUUUCAAUCGACGAAUGAUAAAGAAAAAGUUAUAACUUGUCCCAAACAACAGGGAGUGUCAUUAUUUCUCCUUUGUCAUUUAAUUGCUAAUUUAUUAAGCAAUGCUAAUUCCGCAAUGAAUCCCGUUUUAUAUGCCUUUUUAUCCGACAAUUUUAAAAAAUCAUUUUUGAAAGCUUGCAUAUGCGCUGCUAAUAAAGAUGUCAAUGCGGCUCUCCAAAUAGAAAACAGCGUUUUCCCAAAAAAACUAUGCAGGUCGGAGUCUGAAAGAAAAAAAGAAACUGGACAAAAAAAUACAAGCAUUUCCGGUUCGGAGGGUAAGAAAAAAAAUGAAGUGUCACAAUUGGUUAGUAAAAGUGAUCCUUCUAACAUGGUAUCAAGAUCAAACGUCACGUAUACAAGUGAUCUUCAUUUAGAUGAAGAUUCCAACGGUAGAGAAGAA